AUGUAGAGUGAGAAAUAAGUAAAAUUUGAUGAAAAAAUUGAUCAAGCCAUUGAAUUUUGUUAAAAUGAAAGUUAAAAUAGUUUAUUAAUUAAUUGUAAAUUAAUUUUCAUUAAAAUAUUAGGUUCUGAAUGUGAUAAUUUACAUAAUGAAGGCUUUCAAGAAUUUUCAAUUUUGUCAUACAUUUGCAGAGAGGAACAGGUUUUAUAAUAUCAUUCUAAAAUUAAAAGGCAUUUUAGCAAAAACAAAGAAAUGCUUUAUUAUUAUGAUGGAUAAUUAAUCAAAAUGUAUCUAAAUUGGGUAGGUGAAUAUGGAAACAAUAAAAGAAAAACAGGAAAAUGGAUAGCAACUUGGAAAGGUGAAAAUUUAGAUGUAGGUGGAUUCUAUGGAAGUUUGUUUAGGAAAAUAAAGAGAUGUAUCUUAAUUAUCUCAAUAAUAGUGGAGGAGGAGAAUAUAAUAUAGAUGCAAUUAAAAUUGGUUAAUGGUUGGUAUUGAGUGAAUAUUUCAAUAGGUAUGAAAUUACUUAACAGAUAAAAUAGACACAGUGACAUAAAAUAUUGUGGUGAAUAUAUACAUGGUAAAAAAAUUGGUAGAUG